CUGUUGGAGUGCGGCGGAGCGGACGAGCGAGCGAGCGAGCGGUGUGCAAGUAGAAAAAUCAAGCAGAACGCAGUGCAAGCUUCGCGUCGAGAGGAGCGAGAGGUGUGUGUUGAGUUUGCGGGACGUGGCCCCCGAAGACGAUGCCGCCCUUCAGCGACAAGGCCCUCACGGCCAGCCUGCUGCAGUAUAACGCCGACAAGGGCUUCGAGCACUGCCGACAAAAGGUCAAGUGCGUGAUGGUCGGCGACGGCGCCGUCGGCAAAACCUCCCUCGUCGUCAGCUACACCACCAAUGGCUUUCCGACCGAGUACGUGCCCACCGCCUUUGACAACUACAAUGUUGUGGUUCGGAUCGACGGCCAACCUUUGAGACUGCAGCUCUGUGACACAGCUGGCCAGGACGACUUUGACUCGCUCAGGCCCCUGUGUUACUCAGGAACGGACAUUUUCGUAGUUUGCUUCUCGGUGGUCUCGCCGGCUUCCCUUCACAAUGCCGUCGCCAAGUGGAUACCUGAAGUCAGGGCGCACUGUCCGGACUCGAUGAUUCUGCUUGUUGGAACUCAAAGUGACCUCCGAGCGGACGUUGGCGUUCUUGUCAGACUAGCAAGGUAUGGAGAGAGGCCCGUGUCUGAGACGGAGGCGCGCAGGGUUGCAGCGCAGUGGGGUGCUUGCAGUUACAUUGAGUGCUCCGCCCUGACGCAGCACAACCUGAAGGAGGUGUUCGACCAAGCGAUCCUGCACGGACUGAGGCAGCAGGCGCGAAUUCGGCCCCCCAUCUACCGAGCACCCCUUCCUCCCAAGCCGAGGUUGAAACCCACCCCCUUCUGGAGGAAACUCUUCUGCUGUACCUGUUGACUGACUCUAGUGAUUUUUAAAUGUAUAUUUCUGACACCGGACAGACUUUUAAACGUGGGUGAAUGUGAAAAAAGAAAAAAAAAAUUAGCAAUUACGGCGAAUGUGCUUAGGGUGUUGCUCAAGUAAUGUAACAACUGAAUCCGAAGAAGUUACUAUAUUUGCGCCUACUUUUUCCUUCUAUCUGACAUCACGCUUUUUUAUUACAUAGCAAACACUACGCAAAAUAAUUUAUGUUGGUUCUUUCCUUGCCUAAAGCCUGUAAAUUUUUUCUUGUUUUUCAAUUUAUGUAGGCAUAUGUAAACAAGCCACUAAAAACCCCAAUUCGUGAUUCUGAGUAUUGUUCAAAGUGUAAAUCUUGAAAUAAUUAUUACAAUCUGCGUAUUUCCUAUAAUUAUUUAUUGAUGAUUUGUGUGAUAAAUCAAAGAUAUUAAAAACGUCUUACAUCAUUGGCAAUUAAUUGUUGCUGAAUUAGUGCAUAAGUGUCAAAACAGGAGCACACACUGCUUCUGUGGGUUACAAAACUUAAUUCUUCUGAAAUCCCCGUCUGGUUGUGAAUCAACUUUGUAAAAAUGGAUCAAUAAUUAGAUUAAUUACAACCCAAUAUGUGUAUGAAAAUGAAAUGGAUUUCAACUCUCGUUAUUGAUAUAAUUUGUAGACUUAUUUACAUCUCAUAAAUAAUAAAUUAAAACAAAAACUCCAAACAUGUACUCAU